AUGGACCUGCGCCUGGCCCACUUUUUCCUGUCGUCUAGUCGACCUCGAUCUUUGUCGGCCAAUCAGCCCCAAUCUUCUCCACCUUGCAGGCAGACGGGCGAGCGCCGACUUCUCCCUCCCCGUGUCAUGCAUAGCCUGCCGCCCAGGCUUGAUCUUCGCGUCCGACGCAUUUCUCAUGAAUAUGUAAAUAUUGCAGCAGCCCAUCUGAAGGUGACAAGGCCACUUUCGACUGUAUAUACCGACGCGACCUGUGCUUUUUGCCCCACAACUCUGCGCACUACGCCUUUUUUCAAUCCUCUCUCCAUUUGA